CGUGCUUCUGGCCGAAGCCCCCGACCCUCUGGGAGUCUCUGAUGUACCAGCGGAUGGCAGCGAGAGCGGCCAGAAGAAAAGCAGAUGCUAAGACCAGAUGUGACAGGGUUUCCUAAAACACACAACUCACUUUGAAUUCGCGCUCUGACUCAUCCGCGCAACAAACGUAUACAUGCAAAUGGUGCAAACAGAAAGAAUCAAUAUGUAGUUAAACUGUCAGUUGACACCUGAAGGGGGAAGAAUGAGGUUCUUAAAAGCGUAACAUCCAUGCUCCCCCGCGAUGAACAUGUAUGUAAGUUUGUCUACUUUCCAACAACAUGAUCAAACAUUAUGAACAAAUAACCUUCACUUCUGCACUGUACAUUCCCUCCUCAUUAACAUAGAUCCUUAUUGGGAAUGAGGAGCAGGGAUCUGCAGCAAUAAAACAAACCCAUCCAUCCAUUAUUCAUACAACUUAUCCUCUGAGGUUUGUAGGGCAGACCCCUGGUGACAUUAGGCAAGAGGUGGGGUCCACCCUGGACAGGUCACCAGUCCACCACAGGGUUGAUAUACAAAGACAAACAACCGUUUACACCUACAGAAUUAACCUAAGUUGCAUGUAACUGUGGGAGGAAGGAGAACCUGGAGAAACCCCACUCAGCCACAAGAAGAACUCCACACAAAAGGAUCCUGGACAAGCUUCAGGCAGCCGGUCUUUAUUUGCCCCGCCUCCAUUACUGCAGCAGAGAGGACACAACCGGCAGCUGGUGCAAUUGGUGUUUUGGCCUGGCAGCGACAGCGAUAUAAGGAUUUACUGGGGAGAUCUGCAGCGAUGAGCUCAAUCAAAGUUGCCAAGUAAGCACACACUUGCCUGAAUCAGGAAGGUAAACAUGAAGGAAGCGUUCAAACUUACACCGAUACCAGGUGUCGAUAAAGGAGCCGAUCAAAAUGGAGAUGAGACGAAAAAAGAAAAUGCACUGAGCGUUGGAUUCUUUCAGCUGUUCCAGUUCGCCACCACGAAAGAAAUCGCUAUGAUGGUGGUGGGGAGUUUGUGUGCCUUAGUACAUGGCUCGGCGUCAUCUCUCAUACUUCUAGUGUACGGUUCUAUGUUGGACUCGUUUGUGAAUCAUGAACUUGUGGUCCAAGAGCUCAAAGAUCCAAACAAGAUGUGCGACAACAGCACCAUUCAUUGGAUCAAUGGCUCAGUUUAUGAAAAAGCUGAAACCACCACUUUCUGUGGGACGGAUAUUGAAGCAGAGAUUACCAUAUUUGCAUAUUACUAUGUUGGACUUGGAUUGGUAGCGCUGAUAUCUACUUAUUUGCAAAUUACAUUGUGGGUGUCCGCAGCCGCGAGUCAGAUUGACAGAAUCCGAAAGACUUAUUUUCGAAAAGUCAUGCAAAUGGAGAUUGGAUGGUUCGACUGCACCUCUGUUGACGAAUUGAACAGUAGGAUCACUGAUGACAUGUACAAGAUCAACACUGCCAUGGCUGACCAGGUGUCGAUUUUCAUUCAGAGGAUCUCCACGUUUCUGUUUGGCAUCAUGGUUGGAUUCAUGGGUGGCUGGAAGCUGACUUUGGUGAUCAUAUCUAUUAGCCCAUUGAUUGGUCUCGGUGCCGGACUCUUGGCUAUGGCUCUGACCCAGCUGACCGAAAAAGGGCUGAAGGCCUACGCAAAGGCAGGGGCAGUGGCUGACGAGGCCCUGUCCUCCAUCAGAACAGUAGCAGCCUUUGGUGGUGAAGAAAAAGAAGCAGAGAGGUACGACAGAAACCUUGUGGAAGCUCAGAGCUUGGGUUUGAGAAAGGGCAUGAUCCUGGGACUGUUUCGGGGAUACUUGUGGUGCAUCAUUUUCCUCUCUUACGCUCUGGCCUUUUGGUAUGGAUCCCAAUUGGUCAUCGAGACCAAGGAGAUGACCGCUGGUAGCCUUAUGCAGGUAUUUUUUGCGGUGCUUAUGGGAGCUAUAAACCUGGCUCAGGCUUCAUCUUGCCUGGAAGCCUUUGCUUCUGGUCAAGCAGCAGCAAAGACCGUCUUCGACACAAUUGAGCGGGAACCAAAAAUUGAUUGUUUCUCCGAUGAGGGUCACAUAUUAGACAAAGUGAAAGGUGACAUCGAGUUCCACAAUGUUACUUUCUUCUACCCGUCCCGGCCCGAAGCCAAGAUUUUAAAUAAUCUGAGCAUGCAGGUCAAAGAAGGAGAAACCACAGCUUUUGUUGGGGCGAGUGGAUCUGGAAAGAGCACGGCAAUCCAGCUCAUCCAGAGGUUUUAUGACCCAGAUGAAGGAAUGGUGACGUUGGACGGCCACGACAUCCGCACUUUAAACAUCAAGUGGGUCCGCUCCCUCAUUGGUAUUGUAGAGCAGGAGCCGGUGCUGUUUGCUACAACCAUAGCUGAAAAUAUCAGCUUUGGUAAACCAGGAGCCACCAUGGAAGACAUUAUCAAGGCAACAAAAGAGGCCAAUGCCUAUAAUUUUAUAAUGGCGCUGCCCCAGAGAUUUGACACUUUUGUGGGUGACGGUGGAGGCCAGAUGAGUGGAGGCCAGAAACAGAGGAUCGCUUUAGCUCGAGCUCUGAUCCGAAACCCUAAGAUCCUUCUGCUGGACAUGGCCACGUCCGCUCUAGACAAUGAGAGUGAAGCUGUUGUCCAGGAAGCACUGGAUAAGGUGCGCAUGGGCAGAACAACAAUUUCUGUAGCCCACCGUCUUUCCACGAUUAAAACUGUAGAAGUCAUCGUUGCUUUUGAGCACGGGCGUGUAGUGGAGAAAGGUUCGCACAGUGAGCUGCUGGAAAAGAAAGGUGUUUACUUCACCCUGGUCACCCUGCAGACCCAAGGCACAUCCAGCCAAACUAACGAUGAAGUCAGUCCUGCUCAGAGAGAGAAAGUUGAUGUGAAAAUGAGGAGUGGCAGCUGCAGAUCCAUUAAAAGGAAUUCUGUUCGUCUACGGUCUCACAGCACUCUGUCAAGCCAUGAUAUCCCUGAUGCUGUAUCAGGCAGCCUCAGUAUAUUUCCCAGCAUUGAGAUUGAAACAGAAUAUAGAGAUGAGAAUGAGGAUGAUGACGAUGAAAAAGUGGAGCCUGCCCCAGUUGCACGUGUCCUUAAGUACAACCAACCAGAAUGGCCCUACCUGCUGCUGGGCUCGCUUGGAGCUGUUGUCAAUGGCGCCGUCACCCCACUCUACAGUAUCUUGUUAAGCGAAAUUAUUGGUACUUUUUCCAUUCCCGACCUGAAUAAACAGAGCCAAAUAAUCAACUGGAUAUGUUUUCUGUUUUGCAUGAUGGCUGUGGCUAGUUUCCUUUCACACUUUGCACAGGUAUAUGCUUUUUCCAAGUCCGGAGAGCUGUUGACCCGUCGUCUGAGGAAAGUGGCCUUCCAGACCAUGUUGAGACAAGAGAUCGGCUGGUUUGAUGACCCUAGAAAUAGCCCAGGAACUCUGACAACCAGACUAGCCACUGAUGCAUCCAUGGUCCAGGGGGCAGCGGGUUCUCAGAUUGGCAUGGUCAUUUACUCAUUGACUAGCAUUGGAGCAUCUAUUAUCAUUGCUUUUUACUUCAGUUGGAAGUUAGCUCUGGUAAUCGGGUGCUUCCUGCCUCUUAUUGGGCUGUCUGGAGCAUUCCAAGCCAAAAUUCUGACGGGUUUUGCAAAUCAAGAUAUAAAGUCCAUGGAAGCAGCAGGGCAGGUGUCCAGUGAAGCUCUUUACAACAUCAGGACCAUUGCAGGCUUGGCCAAAGAGAGCUUGUUUGUGGAAUCAUAUGAGAAGGCAUUGGAGCCUCCAUUUAAAUCUGCCAUAAAGAGUGGCCAUAUCUAUGGCCUCUGUUAUGGCUUUUCUGAGUGUGUCAUCUUCCUGUCGAAUGCUGCUUCCUUUAGAUAUGGGGGCUAUCUGGUUGUCUAUGAGGGUUUAUCCUCCAAGACAGUUUUCAGAGUGAUUUCAUCAGUAAUUAUCAGUGCGCAGGCAUUUGGAAGAUUUGCCAACUAUACUCCAGAAUAUACCAAAGCCAAAGUCGCUGCAGCCCAGUUUUUCAAAAUGUUGGACAGAGUUCCAAAAAUCAGCUUGAGUCCCAAGACUGGAGAAAAAUGGGACAACUUCAGAGGUGAAAUUGAGUUCCUCGACUGCAAGUUCACGUAUCCAACACGGCCAUAUACCCAGGUUUUGAAAGGACUGGUUGUGUCGGUGAAGCCUGGUAAGACUUUGGUGUUUGUCGGGUGCAGCGGCUGCGGUAAAAGCACCAGUAUUCAACUAUUAGAGAGGUUUUAUGACCCAGAUGAGGGACAAGUGAGGAUUGACGGUCGCCUGUCACAUAGAGUCAAUGUGCCGUUCCUAAGAGCUCAGAUUGGCAUAGUGUCCCAGGAGCCGGUACUGUUUGACUGCAGUAUAGCAGAGAAUAUACAGUAUGGAGAUAACAAGCGCAUCGUCAGCAUGGAGGAGAUUGUAGAAGCUGCUAAGAAAGCCUUCCUUCAUGACUUUGUAAUGACAUUACCAAAUAAAUACGAAACUCAGGUUGGUGCUCAGGGCUCCCAACUGGCAAGAGGAGAAAAACAGCGCAUUGCCAUCGCCCGGGCCAUUGUCAGGAAGCCCAAGAUCCUGCUCUUGGAUGAGGCGACCUCUGCACUUGACACAGAGAGCGAAAAGAUCGUCCAGUCUGCUCUGGAUGAGGCGAGAAAAGGACGAACCUGCAUCAUCAUCGCUCACAAGCUCUCUACCAUCCAGUUUGCUGACGCCAUCGCAGUGAUGUCACAAGGAGUCGUCAUAGAGCUCGGCACACAUGAUGAACUCAUGGCCACGAAGGGCGCCUAUUAUAAACUGGUCACAUCAGGCGCUCCUAUCAGCUAGGCCCCUUGAGCCAUGUUUGAUGAGCAUUGAACUUUUAAAUAUAUAUGUUUGUACAGGCCUAAGAGUACUUUUAAUUAUUGGCCUGUAAUGUUGUGGUGUGUUGCGGGUGGAAAUCCAAGGAGAGGAGGAGUCGUUCUCAAGUUGAAAUUAAGCAAGUUUAUUCAGAGGUUACAGGUCAAGAAAACAAGGUGUCCAGCAAUUGAACAUGCAUGGGUCUCUAGUUCUACGCAGCAGGCUGCACAGGAAAAGAGGCGCUUAAACAGAGUGCGCACAUAGUUUAUAUAUUGGGCGUGACAGGGGUUCUUCUUGGAUUGGUCAAAACUAGAUGGAGGCCGCUGCAUCUAGACGUGACAGUGUCUCAUCCUCUUGGAAUGUCGCGUGAUGAAGAUAUCGUACGUGCACUCCGUUGUCGUGGUUACCAGAGGUCAUAAUGUUCCUGCCUCAAAGCAGCUGCCUUAGUGUGUUGUGGGGGAGAGGAUUUAGACCAAGGUCUGCUCAUUAUCUGCUGUUGGUGUUCUACUUUGUGUGUGUGUGACUUGAAACAGGGAGCUGGGAUGUGUGGUACAAAGUGUUGACUGUUCUACAGAGUGUAAUAAAGAGGUCAAAGGAAUGUAUGUGGUGUAUGUCAAUAGGUGUCACACUGAAAAAUUCCAGGGGGAAAGUGGGUUUGUUACAAUGCAAGUAUGGAAAUGGAAGCAUUUAAAGAAAAUAUGUAGAAUAAAAUUAAAUAAAAUAUGAAAUAUUUACACAAUAUGUGUGUUGUGUACAUUGAGUAUUUAGUGCAAGCUUGCAUUUGUGUGCGUAUUACUGGCAUUAUAAUGAGUCCAUUCCGCUGACUCAGAGGGUCUGACACUCAGAGGGAGGAGUUGCAUGGCUGGAUGGCCACUGACAGGAAUGACUUCCUGUGGUGCUCUGUGGUGCAUUUUGGUGGUUUCAGACUCCUGUGAGCCAUUGUCCGAGAUGGCAAGUAACUUAGACAACAUCCUCCUGUCUGACCCCGCCGCCAGAGAGUCCAGCUCCAUCCCCACUGCAUCACUGGCCUUGCGUAUCAGUUCGUUGAGUCUGUUGGCGUCUGCAACCCUCAAUCUGCUGCCCCAGCACACAAUAGCAAACAGGAGAGCACUGGCCACCACAGUCGUAUAUAACAUCCCCAGCAUAGUGCAAGGGAAAUAUAACAUGUGACCACAAUAUGAUCUUGUUUAUUUCCCCUUUGAUUGAUCAUGAUUGAAUCUCAUACAAUGUAACCUUGAUCAUGCUGUAUCCUGUACCACUGA